UGAAAUGUGAAUAACCUUCAAGUAUAUUUUUUUCCCACAAAUUCAAAAUAACUUGUUUCCCAUAUUUAAAAUUAGCCAAUGGAGAUGGGUGGUUCAUCGAAUGCUCUUGAUGUUUCUGCACCAACACAUGAAAUGAAAUUUAUGCAGGCAUCAAAUAUCAACGUCUCCAACUUUGUUUCAGUGAAGCUUUCUGGGCACAGCAACUAUAAGAUCUGGAAGGCUCAGAUAAUUUGCCUCGUAGAGAGUCAGCAGUUACUUCACAUCAUUAGUGACGAACACCCUUUUCCGGUGGAUAAGGGUGUCCACUUGAUUUUCCUAUAUGAUAGACUUGUCAAAGGUUGGAUUUUUGGUUCUGUGAACCAAAAAGUGCUCGAGGAUUUGGUAGACUCAGAUACGGCACGGGAGGUCUGGGUGAAACUAGAAUACCUCUUUAAUUCACCAAUAAGCGAUGAAGAAGGUGUUCCAUCGAAUGUACUUGAUGUAUCUACACGAACAGAAGAAUUGAGAUAUAUGCUGGCAUCAACUGUAGACGUUUCCUACUUUGUUUCAAUGAAGCUUUCAUUCGAUGAUUAUGAUGAUGAAAGCUAUAAUGUCUGGAAGAAUGACAUGCUUUGCCUGAUAGAGAGUCACGAUUUGCUUCACAUCAUUCAUGAGAAAGCUCGUUUUCCAUGGGAUAGGGGUGACCCCAUGACUCAUACAUAUGACAAGCUUGUCAGAGGUUGGAUUUUGAGUUCUCUAGACAAUUCCGUGCUUGAAGUUUUCCAAGUCUACCGAUCGGUACAAUUGUUGUGGAGGAACCUAGAUGUGAAACAUGCUCGUCAAGAUAAAGCAGGAGAUGACUUGAUAUAUAGGCAGGCGUCCAAUAUUAACAUCUCCGAGUUUGUAUCAGUGUGGCUUAAUAGCCGCAACUAUCAUACUUGGAAAGUUCAGAUGCUUCGCCUCAUAGAGAGUCAGGACUUGCUUCACGUCAUUCAAUCCGGUAUUCUUCGUCCAACGUCUCAAUGUGAAAAACUUGUCAAAGGUUGGAUUUGCCGUGCUGCGAGUCGGAUGAGGGACGAACUGCAAGAAGACUGCUCUUCGGCAAGAGAAAUAUGGGAAAAUUUAGAAACCCGCUUUAGAGAUGAUGAUUCACCGAAUCCGUAUGAUGUUUCUGUACCGGAACAAGACUUGAAGUAUAUUGAGGCAUCAAAGGUUAACGUCUCCAAUUUUGUUUCAGUGAAGCUUUCCGGCUGCAACAACUAUAAGAUCUGGAAGGUUCGGAUGCUUGGCCUCAUAGAGAGUCAGGGGUUGUUUCGGAUCACUAAGAACGGUAACAGAAUCACUAAAAAGUAUGACAGUCUUGUCAAAAGCUGGAUUUUCAGUGCUAUGAACGAACAAGUGCUCCAAGAUUUCUAUGACCUACCUAAUGUACCAGAUAUAUGGAGUAAACUAGAAUCAACCUUUGGAAAACCACCUUUAAGAAGCAUAAGAUAUGGAGGAGGUUUUCUAGAUUUUAGAUUCAUGAAAGAUUCCGAUGGAGACAUUCCAGAAAUAGAUAACACAGUUAUCAUUAGACGUCAGAGAUUGUAUGAAGCUGCUGUUGAUGGGUGUUGGUGGAAAGCAAAAUCCAUACUAAAAAUCCAUAGAAACGCCGCCACAGAGGCAAUCAUUCCAAAUGGCAACACGAUCCUUCACGUAGCGGUUGAAUUGGGCCACAACUAUUUAGCAGAGAAACUGUUGGAAUUUUUAAAAGACGGAGAAGUUAUCGAAAAGGAAAAUCUAAAAGGUUUGACAGCAUUACACGUUGCUGCACGGGUUGGUAACACAGAUGCAGUGCAACUCUUAGUUCAGAAGAGGAAAGAACUGUUGGAAAUUCAACACAGUGACGAAGAAAGGGAACUAUUAAGGAUUGCGUUUAAGUAUGGGAAGCCCAGUACAUGUGCAUAUCUGUUGAGAUGCGCACCACCUUCUGACACAAGUACUUUUACAGAUUUGCAUCAGCAAUAUGCUCUCCGUACUGCUAUUAUCACAAAACAAUAUGAUUUAGCAGAGACAUUGCUCAACAAAUUUCCAGAUUGUGCUCUGGAUGAUGAGAACGUAUUGAUGGCAUUAACUAUAACCUUCCCAACUGAUCUUAGCUUUAUGGAAUCCUUUAUCUAUCCAUCAUUCCAGAAUGUCUGGCACUCAACAGUCAUGGAAAUUUCAUUGUUAUUUCACUCUAAUUUUUUGGAUAGAUGUGUAGAUUCAACUGAAAUCUUUAAUAACAUGUGCUGCAACUGUUUGGGGAAGAAUUCUAUGAUAUUACUUGUCCCAAUAGUCACACUUUAUCCGAUAUAUAAGUUGAUUUGCCUCUUCAUUCUAAUGCUACAUUUAACCUUCUCUAUGUUAUACUUCCUUGUUUGGAAGUUCCUAGCAGUUACUGUGCGUCCAAUCAAGAACAUUGAGAAAAAGAAAAAUGAGUACAAAGAAGCAAAGAAGAUUUUGAGCUUGAUAUGUGAUCAGAUGGGCAGUAUACAUGAUGGUUACCGUUCUUCACUUAUUGAAGCUGUACUCCAAGGUACUUAUGAAGUUGUUGAUGAGAUUCUUUUUAAAUCACCACAUACAAUCAACUGUGAGAAUGAUGAAGGGUACAACAUUGUUCAGUUAGCUAUAAUAAACCGUUCAGAAAAAGUGUACAACCUUAUCUAUCACAUAAUUGAGCACACAGACUCUUAUAAAGAAAAAAAGGAUUCUUUUGAUAAUACUCUUGUACACUUGGCUGGAAAAUUGGCACCUUCAUUUGUACUUGAACGUACUACCGGUGCAGCACUACAACUACAACGAGAGCUUUUAUGGUUUGAGGAAGUGAAGAAGCUUUUCUUACCUUUUGAACUUCGGAAUCUGAAUAAGUACAAUGAGACACCAACAAUGGUGUUCACAAAGGAACACUUGGAUUUGAUGAAACAAGGAGAAACUUGGAUGAAGACGACUGCAGAAUCAUGUAGCAUCACUACGGCAUUAAUUGUCACAGUCGUAUUUGCAGCAGCAAUCACUGUACCUGGUGGAAGUAAUCAAGAAUCUGGUAUCCCCUUGUUCAAAGAAAGAACUGCCUUCACUAUCUUUGCUGUAUCCAAUGCAUUUUCACUGUUUACAUCUGCUACCGCGCUACUACUGUUCCUAUCAAUCCUCACUGCACGUUUUUCUGAAAAAGAUUUUCUGGUUAGUUUACCAAGAAGGUUAAUUUUCGGUCUGUUGAUGUUAUUCAUCUCUACAACAGCCAUGAUGGUAGCCUUUGGUGCGAUCUUGGUCCUUGUCUUUUGUGAUCAAAGACCAUGGAUGCUAGCACCAAUAUGUGCAUUUGCUUGCUUGCCGAUUUCAGUUAUUGUUACUAUAAAACUCCCUCUGUUAGUAGACGUGAUCCGAUCAACAUAUUCCCCCAUCUUUGGUAAGCAAAGUUACCUUGAGUCUUGUAAAACUAAUCGGAAAAACACAAUAUUUAUGGCUUAUGAGGAUUUUGCAUUGGAAUGAGUUGUUAUGUAGCAGUUCAGAAUUUAGUAGUGGUGAAUAAAUUGCUUGGGAUUUAAGAAUCUAACUUGUUUUGAUUGUUAA